GUGCAGAUUGACCUACCAUGCGAUGGCUCCAUGUAAGAUGGCAGUGAAAACAGUGGAGAAUCAAGGUCCAUUAACGUGACAAGAAAAGACAGCUGAUUGCCCAGAACAAGAUGAGCCACCUCUAUCACAACAGCCAGGGUUCAGGAGACAAUACAGAGGAAGUGGUGAUUUAAACUUUCUUCCAUCUGCAUCCAGUUGCCUUCACCAUGGGGGAGCAGAACAACUCUACUGGGAAGGACCUUCAGCACAGGACACGAGCAGAGGCUACAGGAAAGAAAAAUUGGCCCUCACAGGCUUAUACCCUUGGAGCCAUUUCCAACUUUAUGUCUACAUUUUUGACCUUUCCUAUCUAUAAAGUAGUAUUCCGGCAGCAGAUCCAUGCUCUGGCAGUAUCAGAAGCUGUGAGACAGCUUUGGCUAGAAGGUCCUCAAUACUUCUACAGGGGUAUCUACCCCCCUCUUCUCUCCAAGACCUUGCAAGGAACACUGUUAUUUGGAACUUAUGAUAGCCUGCUGUGCUUUCUCUCUCCCAUUGGGCCACACUCCCUGGGACAGAGGUGGGCUGCAGGGCUGAUGUCUGGUGUGGUGGAAGCUGUGGCCCUCAGCCCCUUUGAAAGAGUGCAAAAUGUGCUCCAGGAUCAUGGCACGCAAGCUCGCUUCCCCAGCACCUUAAGUAUUCUCAAGGAAUUCAACUCUUACGGGCUUUGGGGACGGCUCUCGCUGGGCUAUUAUCGUGGUUUCUGGCCUGUCCUUGUCAGAAAUAGUCUUGGGAGUGCUCUUUAUUUCUCUUUCAAGGAUCCAAUCCAGGAUGGCUUGGCACAACAAGGCCUGCCCCAUUGGGUUCCUGCUUUGGUGUCUGGUAGUGUCAAUGGAACAAUCACCUGUCUAGUUCUGUACCCUCUGAUUGUGCUGGUUGCCAAUAUGCAGUCCCAUAUUGGCUGGCAGAAGAUGCCAAAUCUGUGGGUCUCUGCCAAGAAUGUGUGGGAUGCUAGAGGUCGAAAGAUACUUUUGAUUUACCGAGGAGGCUCCUUGGUCAUCCUAAGGUCAAGCGUAACAUGGGGUCUCACUACUGCUAUUCAUGACUUCCUGCAGAAAAAAUCCCACUCCAAGAAAGAGCUGAAAGACUGACUAUAUGCAGGAAGUGUGGUCAUAGCAGCUGUUCUAAUUCUUACCUGGUUGGUUCUGUAUAGCUUACUUCUUUGCCUUGGUUACAUAGUCCAUCCAUCACUCAGCAUCAGCUAACGGUAGUUGUUGGAUGAAGUUCUCAACUGUCAGCCUGUUGGUUACAGACAAAGCCCAACAGAAUUCCUUGGACAAAAAGAGAAAGUCACUGCAGGCUUUGGUAGCUUCAGAGUCAGGAACCUUUAAAUAACCUGUAUCCAGAUUAAAUGUCAUCCUUUUAAGGAAUUCCUUGAUAAGAGGAAAGUUGAGAAGAUGACUUUACCUAAGCAUUGAGUCUGAGAAACCUCUAGUUGUCCUCCAGAUCAAUCUGGUGGACUUUAAUUUCAAAAACAACUAUACUUGACUCUAAGGAUGGGGAUGCCAUACAACUUCUAAGAUAGCUACAUGUUCAUAUUGUUCAUUGCUUCUAUCACAGGCACUCUCUUGGGCCAUGGGUCUUACAUUAAUGGUAGCAGUUGUGGUUACAAAUCCUAAAUUUGGCUUGCCUCAACUCUUCAGGUGCCACAAGAGCCAGUGAAGCUGGAGACAAGAAUAAGAAGACAUGCAGUAUCUGGAUGGAAAGAGUAAAGGCUUUGAAGGAUGAGAUUUAAUUAAAUGCAAAAUAGCAAGAAAUUACUAGAGGUUGCUUGGGUUAUAUUCUGGGUAAUUUGUUUCAUAGCAAGUCAACUAAAUUGCCUACAAAUGAUGUAAGGGGCUGGAGAAAUUGCUUAGUGGUUAAAGGGGUUUGUUUGCGAAGCCAAAGGACCCAGGUUCCAUUCCCCAGAACCCACUUAAACCCAGAUGCAAAAAUUGAUUCAAGCAUCUGGUGCUCACUCCAGCAGCAAGAUACCCUGGAGCACUCACUCACUCACUCAGCCUCCACAGAAAUAAAUAGGUAAAAAGAAACCAUUUAAUUUCCAUAAGAAAGCUGGAACUGAAAGGACCAUAUACUUUCACAAAUAAUGGCAUACUGUGUUGAUGUGGAUAAACAUAAUUAGCAUAGAAAUUAGAAACCUUUGUCAUUCAGACCCAUGGCAAAUAUGAUCCUUAUAAAAUUUUGAGCAUUUUAUCACACUACUCCUACUUUCACAGAUCCUGUAGAUCAGUCAAAAUGAACUAUUUGUAUUUCCCCAAACAUGCUCUGAACUUCCCCAUAGCCCUGCUCUGGCCCACACUGUUCUCUCCACUUACAGCCCUCUUUUAUUUGUCAAUAUUCCAGUUUUCUUAAUCCAUUUUAGAUACUACUGUCUCUAUGAAGCCUCUUCUCUAUUUCCCCCAAUUGAAUGUGACAUUAAUCUUCUGAUUCCUCUUUCCAACAGCACAAGAACAUGGCACUGAUUUCAUUAUGCCCAUGUGGCCCUAUGUUCUUCAAUACCUCCUACCAGACUGUAAACUUUUUGAAGGCAGGGAUUCUCAUAUGCAUUUUUAAAUCCUCCAUUGUGCCUAGGUGCUCAAUAAAGUUGGUGAAAUAUUGAAUUGAUUAUCAAGCUGUGAUAUGGUCUAUAUUCUCAGGGUGCUGUCCCCAUUACAUGAAGAUAAUGUUACUAAUCCAUUAUCAACAAGACACAUUACUUUGGGGUGUGUUUUGUUUUCUUUUAAUAGUGGAUUUAGUUUGUGCUAAUAAUGAUGCCAAUGAUGGUGAUAAUAAUAAUGAUGAUAAUAAAAAUUACUUUCAACUGAA